UUUCAGAGCCAAUUAGUUGUUAGCAAAUAAUAUGAGGAAGAAGGUGUCCUCUUAUAGGAGGGGAUUACAGCUCAUCUUCACAUCUUUAAUCAUUGAACAGGAUGGCAAACACAAUCACAUAUGAGGAACUGAAAGCUCUUAUUGCAAAGAGCAAGGAUCUGGUUCUGAUUGAUGUCCGCUCUGAAGAUGAAGUGAAAAGAGGGAAGAUCGCUGGUUCAAUUCACAUUCCCAUUCAAACAGUAGAUGCUGCUCUUGCCAUGACACCGGAUGAAUUCAAGGCCAAGUAUGGAGUAACAAAGCCAGCCCUGGGUGAUUCUGAGCUGGUGUUUUACUGCCAGAUAGGAGCCCGAGGGGCGAGGGCAACAAGCAUGGCACGGGGAAAAGGAUAUACCAAUGCACGUAAUUAUGCUGGAGCCUACAGCGAAUGGUCAAGAAGACAAAGGAACUAAUUUAUUUGCAAGAUGAAGCCUCACAUAUUUAUAUAUAGAUAUAUAAUAUAUAUAUGCAAAGAAUUUGUUGGUUUUUAUACAAUAAAGCAUUGUAAUUGU